AUGAGUGCUACUCCAGAGUUGGGACGGCGUUCGGCAUCAGCAACGGCUCCAACGACAACAACAACAACAGUAGCUAACCAACCAAAGUCCUUUUCCCAUUAUACAACUCCAUCACCAACCGAUGAGGAUAGCAACAACAAACCGGUGCGAGAGAAUCUGCCUUCAACGAAUGCUGAACUUCUUUCGAGUUUGAAAGAGUUCAAUGUUGACAAGACAAAGUUCAAGCAUUAUGGGCAUUUAUCACUGACGAACUCCCAGUUUUUGGAAAAGGUUAUGCAUAUGACAACACCAGAACAAGAGACUGGACUUUUAGACAAAGAAAGAAGAUCUUUACUGUGUUCAUCCACUAAACCAAAAGUGGUGGAGGAGGAAAUGGCUCAUGUAUUGGCUGCUUUACCAAACACUAUAGAAAAAUUAUCACUGCCACCUAAUACGGAUAUUUUGAGUGAAUUGAUUCAGUUGCAAAUAGAACAAGAAAGAACCAAGCAGAGCGUGCUCAAGAAGGAGAUUGGAGAUACGGCAUUGCAGUUGUUUAAUGUUGCCAAGGAGUUAAAUGUGAAUGUCGAUCUUAUCCCAUACUUAUUUGCAUCAGAUUCAAUAACACCCAAAGGUUUGAAUGAUCAAAUUGAUAAGCUUCAUCAUGAUCCUAAGCAGGCAAUAAAUGAGCUCGAAGAGAAGUCUAGACAGGCUGAAUGUGAUGCAACUAGAUUCAAAAGGAAGCAUUCUGAUACACAACUACCAUCGUUUUCAGAAACUGCCCAAAGUAUAAUUGGAUCCAACAUUGUUUCGCCGUUGAGAUCACCUAAUCGUACUCCAGCAUUAGUACACAGAAGAGUGGUUUCGGAUAGUAGUGACUCAACCACAAAAGGAUCGUCACCAGCAAAUUCAGGAUUUUUGCCGCUUCUGUUUAUUGUCAAUUCGAAGGAAUCGGAACUGAACCCCGAUCAUCUUCAUCACCCUUCGCCUCAGGGUCAACAUCAACAACAGCAACAGCAACAACAACAGCCAUACACCACCGAUGUUCAAAGUCAACUGCAACAGCAUCUGCCACAAAUCCAGCCACAAACAUCCCCACCGCCAGUUUCAUACACGGGUCACUAUUAUACUCCCCAACACAUACCUCAACCACCAUCGGCUUCACAAGCACAACAUUUGCCGUUACCCCCUGCAGCAGCAGCACACACCGCUAAUCCACCACCAGCUUCAUCCAAAAACGUGUCUAAUCUGGGCUCUCCGCAUUUGCCGAAAUACCCAAUCGUACCUCCUCCUCAUGCAUACCCACAAGCAGGAAUCAACUUCGCUCCUCAUCAGUACCCUUACUAUGCAUCCACAUCACCACCAAGCUACAACCAUCAAGCAUAUGCCCACAUUGGUACGGUAAAAUCACCACCCCCACCUCCUCCACAACAACAACAACAACAACAACAACAACAACUUCAACCUUCACUACAAGUUUCACCUCGCCACCAACACCAGAAUACUAGACACUCCUCGUCCAGUCAAACAUCACCUCGUCCUCAGUUUCAGCACAAACCACAACCGAAUCACACAACCAAACCUCCUGUCCCAACACAUCAGUUUGAGUCUAACGACUCUAAAAAAAUUGUGUUUAAAUCUGUUGAAGAUGAGGCUCCUGCAUCAAAGAGGCAAAAGAACUCAAAACAAACUGGAAGUAUCAAUUUCAUGAUUACGACACCAAAGAAUCCACCGGCAAGGAGGUACAACAACCCUCACAAGGAGAAGUGA